CUGGAAUGACCCUGUCUGUAUCUCGACUACACAAUACCCUGUCCUCAACCAUGUCUCACCCAUCCGCCGCAUAUUUACCAACCCCCGAUCCCGUUUUCCAUCCUGCACAUCCCACCUGCUGUCACCUUAGACUCCCACCAUGGCCAGCGCCUAUCGCGACGAAUCGACCGAACAACUGCUUCCGCACCACUUCCCCAAGGCGCUGCUCUCCGCGCCAACCGACCGGCACCAGCGCACCCCGUGUCGCUAUUGGCUGCCCUUCGUCGGCGCUCUCACGCUCCUCGGCAUGUUCUCCGGUGCGGUGUACCUCCCAGCCAAGCAUCCGCACCACCGCACCGGGGCCGGGAAUGGUACCAGUGCGACAGUGCAGGAUACAGAAGUGCUACUGCCCCCGUUCGAACCACUCUCGCCUGUCAUCGCGAUGGCGCUGACACCAGAGCUCGCGACGGCGCACCAGCAAGUCGACAUCCUCUUCUCCCGGCAGUCGACGACGCUCAGCCAGGCCAAGGCGCGCUACGCACUUAAAACGGGACGUGCAACUCCAACGGGGUACGAUCAGUGGUGGAACCUCACGCAGACGCCCGUGGAGACGUGUUUGGUGGACGAGUACGACCAGGUGUACAAGGACUUUGAGCCGUUUUAUCAGCUGGCUGCAGCGGAUCCGGGGAGGUUUGCGCGGCUUGUGGAACGGGGCCGGGAACUGACGCGGCAGGAUGCACGCGGGAUGGUCACGGUCAAGAUCGAUCGGGGGGAGGUGGUGAUACCCAACUACAGCGGAACCGGAUUUAGUGCGGAGCUGAAGGGAAUAGUAGACAAGUUCGCGCAUGUGCUCCCAGAUAUGGAGUUCCUCCUCAACAGCCGUGACGAGCCGAGGGUCGUGUUCGACGUCCAGGAGCUGGGCGCACAGCAGAACGCCAUGCGUAUGAAAGACCCGCUACCGUUCCGCAUCGCACCGGUGCCCACGUCCGAAUUUUUCCGCACGCAGCCCGGGUGCCAAGUCUUGAAAACACCGACGGGCUUCGUGAGCGAUCCGGUCGAUAGCGUGGCAUUCUUGCGCUCGAGCACGAGCUCCGACUUCACAACUGAUUUAUGGCCAGUCCUGAGUGUGGGCAAGAUCUCGCCGUGUUUCUCCGACAUUCUAUUCCCUGGAAUUUACUACUACACGCGGUCGCGGUGGGCCGGUAAUUACAGUCAUCCAAACAACAUCUCCUGGUUCAACAAGGAGUCCAGGAUCUACUGGCGCGGCAGCUCCACCGGAGGCCAUAUCUACGGCACCAACUACGAGUCGUUCCCGCGUUUCCGGCUGAUCGACAUCGCGCGCACGGAGAACAACUCGCGCCUCAUCGACGCAAAGCUCACUGCGUUCGUCGACGCGCAGUGCGCAGCCCGCAGCUGCAACCGAGACGCAAUCGUCGCCAAGUAUGACAUUCACGGGCCCCGCGCGCCGCGUGAGGAUGUGUACCGGCACAAGUACGCCCUCGACGUCGAUGGGAACAGCUACAGCGGGAGGUAUCUCGGACUGUUGCGGAGCGGGAGCUUAGUUUUCAAGUCCACCGCGUUCGAGGAGUUCUUCUCCGGCUGGCUGCGGCCCUACGAGCACUACAUCCCGGUGCGGCCCGACCUCUCCGACCUCGUGGACAAGAUCGCGUGGGCCCAGACGCACGACGCCGAGGCGAGGGCGAUCCAGGCGAACGGCCAGGUCUUCGCUGAACGGGUUAUGACCGACGCGCAGAACGACUGCUACUUCGCCGCGGUGCUGCUCGAGUGGAGCAGGCUGCUGGAGAUGGCGCGGAAUGCGACGGGCGUGGCGAUGAAUGGGACCGGCGGCGGGCUCAAGGAGAGUGGUAUGGGGGAAAAUGCGACGAAAAGCACGACCUUGGGGGCGUGAGGUGAUUUGUGCUACAAUGAUCGAAUGUAUUUGUACGUGCGUGACCCGGUUGAACACUAGAAAUGAGAAUCCCGUAUGGCAUCAGUUGCUGCACAGUUGCACGUGGAGGUUGGAUCGCCCGGUCAUUCUGAUUCACGGAAUUGCUCGAACUCGGAACUGGACAAGUUGGGAGACUCCGCUGCAACUGAUUCUCGGCCGGCUUCAAGCUUUAUGGACAGAUGGUACCGUCAUAUUUCGCAGAUAGGACCUCCUAAUCAUUGGUUCGAAUUUUCGAUACUUGUUAGAGGACAUGGGGCUGAAGGAACUUCUCUGUCUGCUUGAUAUCUCUCAAGUUUGAUGUCUCUCCAGUCCUUUUACGCAGAAUCAAAAAAAGGAGUUUGUCGUCCGUACCGAACCGGAUGGAAGGUUGUUCAAUUUGAAAUCUCGAUUGAUUCCCGGCAUCAAAAGAAGCACCUGAUCAGAUACAUUAUAUAUCCAGCUACCCCUAAACCACAAUGCGCGCGUCCUGGGAUAGUGCGCGUGAAGUACGUGUGCACUGCGCCGUAACCGGACUUGGAGCUGAAUCCAUGAAUCGCGGCGGGAUAUAUGCGCCUCUAUUAGUCCUCAGUCAACGCUCCAGCGUUUCAAGCCUCCCGAUCCAGCCGCCUCGUCUCAGAGUAUAGCAGCAGCAGCAGGAAAAACAGCCGCUCGUCUUCGCUGCGCACAAGCGAGCUGAUGCGGAGCACCGGGAGCGCGACGGGGCCCGAGAGUGGCGUGAUGCACGAUCUCAGCUCGGCGACGGUCUCGUUUUGCGCAGUUGUGAUCUGCGGGAGUUGGUGUGUGAGUCCUGGACCGAGCGGACGGAAGGAGGAAGGAAGGGGUGGAGAGUGGACUGGAACACGCACCGACCACGUCUCGGUCGAAUUAGAGUACCGCACGGUGUACUCUUCGCCUUCGGACCAGCGCCAGAGACGAGUGCUGCGGGGGAUAUGUCGUCAGUGGGCUAGCUGGGGGGACCAGAACUUCGCGCAGACGGACCUGGAGAAACUUCCCGCCUUGCGCUUGAGCCUGCUGACCUCUGCGAUCUUGCCGCCAAUCUUGAACGACUUGCGCGUCCAGUCGAUCACGGCGCAUAUCGUCCCGACGCGGUUCUCGACGCACGUCUCCAUGUCGUGAUUUAAGCACGUCCUCCGUGUCGAAGUUGAGCUCGAGCAUUGAGGGAGCGGGGCUGGACGGCAUUGGGGGCGUGCCGCAGCUACUUAGGAGGGAGAGAGAAGGACGUAGUAGGGGUAAGCAGGCACCGCUAGGCGCUGUUGGCGGAGUGU